AUGUUACACAAGCACACUGACAAGCAGAGACUUCCUGUUAACAUUGUGGAUCACCAUCAUAUUGACCCAUGCUUACAGGAUUUCAAGUUACUAUCUAAGGAGUUGCAGGAUAUUGCCUCCAACAGUGAGAAAUUGAAGGCUCUUGGCAGCAAAGAGAACAAAGAGUCUCAUUUGCUCUCCAUGAAAUAUGUGAUUCCAAAGGAAGGUGUUCCUGCUGAUCAGGCCUAUGAUAUGAUUCAUAAUGAGCUGACACUAGAUGGUAACACCCAUUUGAACUUGGCUAGUUUCGUUAACACAUCUACUACUCAUGAGGUAAGAAAGCUUAUUUCUGAGAACUUGACCAAGAACUUGGCUGAUAACGACGAGUAUCCUCAAUUGAUUGAACUUACUCAAAGAUGCAUCUCUAUGUUAUCCGGACUAUGGAACGCUAACCCAGAGGAGGAGCCAAUUGGGUGUGCUACUACGGGUUCCAGUGAGGCUAUUAUGCUUGGUGGUUUGGCUAUGAAGAAGAUGUGGGAGAAGAAGAUGAAGGCUGCGGGGAGAACUGACACCAGCAAGCCUAACAUUAUUAUGUCUUCAGCCUGUCAAGUUGCCUUAGAAAAGUUUGCCCGUUACUUCGAUGUUGAGUGUAGACUUGUUCCAGUAUCUAGGAAGAGCCACCAUAUGCUGGACCCUAACCUAUUGUGGGACUUUGUCGAUGAGAACACUAUUGGUUGUUUUGUUAUCAUGGGUACCACAUACACUGGGCAUUUGGAAAAUGUUGCCGAGGUCGGCGAUGUGUUAACCGCCAUCGAGAAGCAGCACCCAGAAUGGGCCAACAAGGAUAUUCCAAUUCAUGUUGAUGGUGCGUCUGGUGGUUUCAUUGUUCCGUUUGCAUUCUCCAGGGAGCAAUUGAAGGCCUAUGGUGUUCCAAACUGGGGGUUCGACCACCCUCGUGUUGUUAGUAUAAACACCAGUGGACACAAGUUUGGUUUAACCACGCCUGGUCUCGGUUGGGUUCUGUGGAGAGAUGAGAGUCACUUAGCACCUGAACUGAGAUUCCGUCUAAAGUACCUGGGUGGUGUUGAAGAGACUUUUGGUCUGAACUUCUCCAGACCGGGGUUCCAAGUUGUUCACCAAUACUACAAUUUCAUGAACUUGGGUUACGACGGUUACCGUGAUACAUUUAAGAGAUCGCUGUUUGUUGCUAGAGUCUUUGCUCACCAGAUCUUGCGCAGUCCAAUCUUCAAUGACUACUUUGAAGUCGUCAGCUCUAUCCAUGAGAGUAUUGAUGGUGACAAGGUCCCAGAUGCAGCCAACGACUACUGGGAGAACCCCGAGAAGUACAAGCCUGGUGUGCCACUGAUUGCCUUCAAGUUCUCCGAUAAGUUCCAGAAGGAGUACCCAGAAGUGCCACAGGCGCUAUUGUCACACAUGCUAAGGACCCGUGGCUGGAUCAUCCCCAACUACCCAUUGCCACACUCCACCGAUGGCUCAGACAAGUGCGAGGUGCUGAGAGUUGUGUUCCGUAACGAGAUGUCCCUGGACUUGGCACAGCUGCUGUUGUCAGACAUCCAAGCCGUGCUCAGAAAGCUGCAAGGCAGUUACUCAGGCCUGAAGACCAUCUCGCAUGAAUCAGACUCCGACAAGAGACGCGACUACGUCUACAAGAUGCUACUGGCAUUGGCCUCCCCAGACGCCGACAUCGGAGAAGAUGAAGACGAAGAAACCAAGGAAAAGAAAGCAUCCAAGAAAGAAGAAAUCAAACAACGUCUCAAGAGAAACUACAGAGGUACUUGUUAA